AUGAUCGGUGCUACUAGGCGCUGGUUCCGGCGCAAUCGCAAGGGUCUCGCGAUCGGGGCUGGCGUGAUCGGAGCCGGUUACCUUGCAGGACAAUAUGUGCUCUCCAAAAUUUCAGAAGCACGGGAACGUAUGAGCAGUGAUCGGAUCGCUCGGGAGAAUUUACGGCGACGUUUCGAACAAAACCAAACCGAUUGCACCUAUACCGUUCUCGCUCUCUUACCGACUGCUGCAGAAGAUAUUCUGGACGCUCUUCCUGUCGAGGAAUUGACGAAAGAACUACAACGAAAGCGAGCAGAGAGGUUAGCUCGGCUCAGCGCCGGGGAAGGGACCGGAUCAGAUCUGAGCUCUGUAUCCCCCAGCUUACCGGAGGAUGACCGUCGGAGUCUAUCCAGUUUCCAGAGUGAUGGAUUCGUUCGCACAAGCCAGCCGGGAGAAUCUUCCGUUGAGGGCGAUGGCGAGGCGCGACCGAAAAGAAAUAAAACACAGCUUUGGAAUGAAGUUAAGAUCACUUCUAUCACUAGGUCCUUCACUCUAGUCUAUACCCUUUCGCUGUUGACAAUCUUUACGCGAAUCCAACUCAACCUUCUCGGCCGUCGGAACUAUCUUUCCAGCGUAAUCUCUAUGGCGACACCCCCUGCCAACGAAUCGACGAUCAGGCUGGAAGAUCAUGACGAUGAUGACCUCACACAGACUUUGGGAAAUGAUUUUGAGACCAAUCGCCGCUAUCUUGCCUUCAGUUGGUGGUUGCUUCACCGAGGUUGGAAGCAGCUCAUGAACGAGGUACAGACUGCCGUUACAGAUGUUUUUGGCCCCCUUAACCCUAGAGAGGAUGUCUCGUUGGCCAGGUUGUCCGAGCUAUUCCUGGAGGUUCGAAAGAGAGUAGAAGGGCAUACUGAGGAGGAAAGAAAGCACAGGAAGUGGCUGUCCUAUCUACUCCCCCCUUGCGAAGAGGAGGAUAAAGUACUAGAGGAGUCCGGUGUCCUUGGAGUGACGGAGCUCGCCAACUCCCAGACUGCAACUACCUUGCGACAUCUACUGGACGAGACGGCCGACCUGAUCGAGUCGCCAACCUUUACACGCGUCUUGAUGCUUCUGAACAAUGAAUGCUUCCAGACAUUGAUCCAUCAGUGCACCGCCGAUGCCUUCAAGUCGGCUUCACAAACUCCACGGAGCGUUCCCCAGUCAUUUACUUCAUUUGCCACGGUUGUCCCGGGAGCUGAUAGCUCUGAGCCAAAGGCAAAGUUAGCCAACAUUCUAGCGGUUUUAGCCCGCCAAGCACAUGUGAUUGGCAAUGGUACAAACCCGCCAAAUCUUUACCUAACUGCGAUGGACCAAGGUGUGCGAGAGUUAGAAGCCUUCGCAGCUAACGAAGGCCACGUCGAUGCGCACCCGACCGAUCUCCCCCAGCUGAGGAAUACAACGGAGCGCAAGCUUAUGGCUAAAAUCGACUGGCACAUAAUGCCCUGUCUGUGUGUUAUGUAUCUGCUCGCAUUCUUGGAUCGCGUGAACAUCAGUAACGCAGCAGUCCUCGGCCUACAAGAAGACUUGAAUAUAGUUGACGGGACGAAAUAUAAUACUGCACUGACCAUAUUCUUCGUUCCAUAUGUCAUUUUCGAAAUUCCAUCCAAUAUCUUGCUUAAGAAGUUGAGACCCCAUGUAUGGUUGACAGGAUGUAUGUUUUUAUUCGGUCUGGUAACGAUCUGUCAAGGCCUAGUCUCCGGUUGGGGCGGGCUAAUGACCACUCGGUGGUUUCUGGGAAUGUUUGAGACAGGCAUGUUCCCUGGUUGUUUCUAUCUCUUGGGAAUGUGGUAUAAACGGAACGAGGCACAGAAGAGGUUCAGUUUCUUCUUUAGUUCGACCACACUUGCGGGCGCUUUUGGUGGCUUGCUGGCUAGUGGGCUUGGAAAGAUGGAUGGGAUUCGUGGCUACCGAGGCUGGCGCUGGGUCUUUAUUAUUGAAGGCUUGAUCACCUGUGUCGUCUCGCUUGCCUGGUUCUUUGUUAUUCCUGAUUUCCCCGAAGAAGUCAAAUGGCUCACCGAUGAAGAGCGCGAAUUCAUCCGGGCAAAACUAGCCAAAGACUCGGGGGGCGCCGGUCAUGAUGCUAAAAUAGGUUGGCGCGACAUAUUGGAGGUCUUCAAAGACUAUAUUCAUCGGUGGCAUGAUGUAUUUCGGUCAGGUUGUCACAGCAUAUGGAUAUGCCUACUUCGCGCCAACCAUUAUCAAAAGUUAUGGCUACGAUGGUACGUUUCAAUCAAGACCCAACUAUAUUCGAUUCCACCAUGGGCAGCCGCUUGGGGAUUUUCCAUGUUGGUGGCCAUUCUCUCUGACAAAACCAGACAUCGGUUUGCCUUUACUAUGGCGCCCAUGUUGAUUGCCAUGGCUGGCUUUGGAAUCUUGUUGAAUGUACACGGGCAGGCCCAUCGAAAUAUUCAGUACGGCGCCUUAUUCAUGGUUACAUGUGGUUGUUACAGUGCAAUGCCGGUCAUUGUUUGCUGGUUCGCGAUGAACCUAUCAGGCCAUCGUAGGCGAAGUGUGGGAACGGCCUGGCAAGUUGGAUUUGGAAAUAUUGGUGGUAUCAUCUCGACGUACGCCUUCUUGAAAAAAGAUGCACCGGAAUACCGGCCAGGAUAUAUCAUCAGCGUGUCCUUCCUUAGCUUUUCGGCGGCUUGUUGCAUAGGCUACUUUGCGGCCGUCUGGUAUGACAACCGGCGCCGCGAUCAGGCAAUGGCCGAUGGCAUGGCUAUACCCAGUGACGAAGAACAAGAGCUACUGGGUGAUAUGGCGUUGAACUAUCGCUAUAGCUAUUAG